AUGACGGUUGACGAGAUAGCAGCCCCGACACCCGUCCACUACGAGAACCCCGAGAUCCCCCGCGAUGAGGUGCGCCCCGGCCAGGUGGUCGACCUCCGCUUUGGCCACGGUCCUCUACCCGCUACCAACAAGAAGAUCUUCUACUUCGACAUCGACAACUGCUUGUACCCCCGGCUGACACGAAUCCACGACUUGAUGCAGGAAAAGAUCCACACCUACUUCAAAAAGCUCUUGGACUUGGACGACAAGUGUGCCCACGAGCUCCACAUGAACUACUACAAAAAAUACGGCUUGGCCCUCGAAGGGCUUGUACGCAACCACGACGUCGACGCCUUGGCCUACAAUUCAGCGGUGGACGACGCUAUAGAAUUGAAAGGGGUGCUUCACUAUAAUGAGGAAUUGCGCAAUAUGCUUUUGGACAUGAAACAGCACUUUGACUAUUUCUGGCUCGUCACCAACGCCUACCGCAACCACGCUCUCCGCGUGAUCUCGUUCCUCGGCUUGGGCGACAUCUUUGACGGCUUGACCUUCUGUGACUACUCCCAGAACCCCAUCAUCUGUAAGCCGAUGCCCCAGUACUUCUUGUCCUUCCUCAAGACCACCCACGUUGACGUCGACAACGCCAGCGUCAUGGCCCACCAGUGGUUUGUUGACGACCUGGAGAUCAACGUCAAGGCGGCGGCCAAGAUCGGAUUUGGCCACGUCGUCCACUACGUCGAGGACCCCGCCACCUACGCCCGGUUACAGAAGGAACCGGAGUACAGGGGCGAAAAUAGAAUCAUUUUGAUAGACAAUAUUCUUGACCUCGGUCAGCUUGUGUCGAAAGUAGCGUAG